AUGUCGCUGCAAGCCUGGGACUGGGAGGAUGAGGACAUGGAGAGCAUGGGGCCCAUGUCCUCCGUGGGCAGCUUCUGCCAAUCCAUGAGCGAGUGUGAUGUGGAGGACUACAUGAAUGCCAGGUCCCGGGCCCUCGAGUCAGAGUCUGACCAUCUGUACAGCAGCACCGCGUCCUCCAGCACUUUAAACGCUGACGUGCCCCAGGUGGUCCCCUGCAAAUUCAUCAUCUCACUGGCCUUCCCCGAGACUGUGAGUCCGAAGAGAAAAUUUGUAAGUUUGCUCGAAAAAUACAGGAAACGCUCCAAAAUGGAAAAAUCUGUUGCAAAGGGUCAUCGUAUCUACCACAUUGAGUAUUUUCUUCUGCCAGAAGAUAAAGAGCCUAAAAUCAUUGACAUGGUGGUGUUUCCAUCGGUGGUCAAAUUGUUCAUGGAUACGGGAGUAAAGACCAUGAAGCCACGUCAGGAAGGAAACAAAGUCUGGGUGUCAUGGACCCAAAGGUUUAACAUCAACGUGACAAAGGAAUUACUAAAAAAAAUCAAUUUUCACAAAAUCACCUUUAGGCUCUGGGACACUACGGACAGGGUUUCCAAAAAAAUCAGGUUUUAUCGAAUAAAGUCUUCUGCCUACUCAGAAGAUGGAGGAUCUUUUGCCAAGAACGAAGUGAAACAUUUGUUUUCAAAUGAGAAGAGACCAUCCGAACAAGGCAGUCCAGCCAAAAUUGAGUGGAGCCAGGCGUAUCAUCCGGUAAAGGCAAUCAAAAUAGGAAGACCCUUAAAGUCUUUACAUGGUGAGUCUCACCCAGCAGCGCCUGAAGCUUUUCCCAAGAAUAUCGAGGGGAAGGAAAAGCUACUCAGAUGGGAAGAUCUUGCCAUAGUUGAAUGGAACAUUUCAGGAAUACCAACUAUUUCUUUGGGAGGAGCAACAGUGAUGGAGAUGAAGGAAUUAAUUGAGAGACCAUUAUUUAGCAGCUUAACAAACAUAAUAUAAAAGCAAAACUUUCAAAUUAAAUGGAAAGAGUCAGAAAAGGUAAGGAGAAGACGGCGAAGAUCGAAGAAAUACCGAGAAGAGGAUACUGACGCCAAGCUGCCAGACUACUGGAGAGAGGGCGCCUUCUCUGUCCAGCUGGCAAUAAUGCCGCUCCUUGCAGGAUGGCAAACUGUCGUGAGUCGUGGCAGUAAAAUGUCUGCCAACAUUUUAGAUUGUUUUUUGACUUUAAAAACAGAAGUUCCCAUCAUGACAGAGGAGCAAAAGCAGGACUUAAACCCCCUGAUCAUAAAGAUCAAAGGUAUUUCCUGCCUUCCAUCGCAACCUGUGCCCAUCGAUGAACUAGAGAGGCUCUGCACCCCCGUGUACUGCAAGUACCAGUUUCAUAAGACUCCCGUUCACCAGACCGAGGGGCGGCCCCAUGGAAACCACGUCUCCUUCCAGGACGUCAAUGUCAUCUUUCUUGGGGCAAUGAGCUCCAAUGACCUGAGGGAAUACCUGGAGGGCCCCCCAAUGGUGGUAGAAGUUCAUGAUCGAGACCGAAAGUCAGAGGAGUAUUCCCGGAAACCCACCCUGUUUGGGGAGGACCCUAUGGAUUCAUACAUCAACUUUCAGGCCUUCAUCUCUCCCGAAGAGACAAAGAACAACCCCUUUGAAUCCCAAAACAAGAUGUGGGACCCAUAUGGAGUCGCACUAGUAAGUUUUGCUGACCUCCUCCUCGGCCACAAGUACUUGAACUUGGCUAUCCCCAUCCACAACUGUAAGUUGAAGCCCACACACCAUGACGAGGGCGGCAGGAGCAGGAAGGUUGUGGGAUUUAGGGCCCCUAAAGAUUCCCAUCACGGCCCAAUGCCAAUGGGCAACUACAUAGACGCCAACUCCCUGCUCAAGCUGCGAGUGGACGUCACGGUGCCACUGCGGACCAUGACAGAAGCCCCUGAUUCAGACUUCCUGGGCACCCAGUUUGGCCGCAUUGUUUUCAUAUUUGACAGCAAGAAGAUCUCCCUCCUAUAUAGCCUGCUGCAGGACAUCACCAUGAUCAAUGCCAAAGCCCUCGACCUGGACUCCUACCCUAUCACGAUCCUCCAGCAGAUCCUGUCCGCCUUUAAGAUUCGGGUGAAGGUCCAGGAAAGGCCGGACCUGGAUGUGCUCACUGGCUUCCACCUGCUGGAUGGGAAGAUCCACCUCCUCAUCUUGGAGGGCUUGGCUGACCAAGGCUUGAAGCGGCUGUGGGAGAGCCACCAAAGCCGGAUCACCAAAGCAGAGUGCGGGAAACACAAGGUGCUCUACAACUCCCAGCUGCUGUUUCAGCAGCGCCUCUACGCAGACCUGGACACCAUCCUGUACCACAUGCACCUCUGCAAGCCACUGUCUCAGCUCAUGAAGCACGUGGCGCUCCACCUCCGCGACAGGGUGAUGCAGAAGGCCUUCCGGGCCCUGACCAGGAUCUACUGCAUCUGCCAUUAUAGCACCAAGCUCAGGGAGGUGAUCACCCGAGACCUGCUGCCUUCCUCCACCAUGAUCAAGCACUUGAGCCAGGAGUUUGGCUUGCCCAUUUCCCUAGAAGAACUCACCGACGAGGAGAAACUUUUGGCCACCCCACCUCAACCCACCUCCACGCAUGACCUGCAAAGUCGGAAAUUCACCCUCAACGCUGAGAUCCUCGCCCACCAGGAGAAGUACCUGCAGUGGCGGAACAGGGUGAUGAAGAAAAGAUACGAGACUCGCAAUCUGAUCCAGAAAAACAUCAGGGAAGCCUACCAGACGAGCAGGAAGUCCCCAAAGCCCGUGGUGAGGGUGAUUCGGGGCUCGAUCCCUGCUACGGAGGAUGUGUACAACUACAGCAUUCAGACCCUGAACUCCACCGAGCUGGUCAAGAGGAAGCUGUACAGUGAGAUGGACAAGGAGCCAUGGAAAAGAUACACGUAUUCACAGCGUUUCCUCUCAGCCAUGGUGGAGACUCGGAAUUUAAAGGAAGAGGAGAAAAAAGCCAAGGAGAAGUCCCGCCAGGCCUGGCUCACAACCAAUGGGUUCCGAGUGAUAGGUCUUCAUAAAAGCACUGAGAGCGACCACCACCUCGACCUGCUGCCCAUUGGCGCCACCACAGAGCUGACCGAGGAGUGGAGGGAAAACGCACUGUUUGCUAACGUGAUGAGGCCUGUGCUGGACCGAGACAGGUGGAGCUGGGACCAGCGCCAUCGGGACUUUGAUCUGUACAGGAAGCCACCGCCUUUCCUCAAGGCGCCCGCGUCUCGGACCCUGAACCCAGCCACAGGGUGA